UGAUGAUGAUUCUCUCGGUGGAUGAUGCAGCAACGGGAUCAGCGACGCCGACGCCGCUGAGAGUUGCACAUCGUUCAACGGGGAGGGGAGGAGUGAAAAGUUUUUCCCCUCUAUAUAGCCCUUUAGUCGUUGAGGUGGUACGAGUCACCAAAAAGAGGACAAUUCCUCUUCAGUAUUCAUCGUGACGAGCUGCUUAUCGGUCACUCGAUUUCCCUCGUCUCCAAUCGAGAACUUGUUACUCCGGUACCAUUCAACGCUCAAUUAUUAGAAGCCCCAAAAAAGUGAACUGUUUUCGUUUCGCGACAUAGUUUCAACCAGUCACAAGUGAAACACCGGGGAUUGACGUUUUUCAAGAUACAAGUCGUCGGGACGUCGUCUAACACAAGCAGGAAAAGCGCGAAAUAAUAAAAGGCGCAACGAAGAAGGAAAACGAUGUAAUAUUGUGUGAGAAAGUGCUGUGUAUCUUUCUACAUGCCAGCCGGAACGCGGGUUAACAUCGUUUUUUUUUUCCCCCCUCGCAUCUCGGCAACAUCCAGGCACACGUACACUAUCUGGCAGCAUCAACAGUGAGCAAGAAGAAAAUCUCAUUCUCGCAUCCGGGGCCGACUAUUUUCGCUUCUCCGCCAUCUGCUGUUAUAUAGCGAACGAGUUGCGAUUGAUGGUUGUCGACAUGACGACGGCGAGCUUUUUCUUAUUGGCUCUUCUUCACAUUCUCACAGAAAUUGACGGCCAGCAUCAUCACAACAGCGCCAACAUGCCGGCACCGAGUUUUGGUUCGACAAUGGAGAACAUUACGGUCAUCAAUGGAAGAGACGCUUCCUUUACCUGCGUCGUUCUCAACAUUGGCCCACAUCGGGUGGCCUGGAUCAAGGCGGACGACAAGGGCAUCUUGGCCAUGCACGACCGAGUCCUGACCAACAACGCUCGGCUCUCCGUACUGCACAGCGAUCUGCACACGUGGACAUUGCACAUCAGAGAUGUCCACCGUUCAGACCGAGGCGUUUACAUGUGCCAAAUCAACUCGGACCCAAUGCUCAGUCAGACGGCUUCACUGGAAGUGGUCGUUCCACCCGACAUACUGAACGAAGAGGGUGGCGGAGAGGUACUGAUUCCGGAAGGCGGAAUGGCUCGCUUGUCGUGCAAGGCGAAAGGAUUCCCUCAGCCGCGCGUCACCUGGCGACGAGAAGACGGCCAAGAGAUUGUCAUCCGCAACGGAUCCCUUCAAAAACAGAAAGUUCCCAUAUUUGAAGGCGAGGUGUUGACAUUCCACAAGAUCACGCGGUCUGAAAUGGGAGCCUACUUGUGCAUUGCCAGCAAUAACGUACCACCGUCCGUCAGCCGGCGGAUCGUCGUCAACGUUCACUUCUACCCGAUCAUUCAAGUUCACAAUCAGCUGGUCGGUGGACCCCUCGGCUCUAAUAUCACUUUGGACUGCAUGGUGGAAGCAUCGCCGAAACCCAUCAACUACUGGGCCAGAGAAAGUGGAGAGAUUAUUAUACCCAACGACAAGUACCGCAUGGAGGAGAUCGAAGUCAAUACGUACACAACCCGCUUACGGCUCCACUUGAAGCUUUCCUCUAGUGCUGACGAGGGUGGCUACAAGUGCUGCUCCAAAAAUUCGAUCGGCGAUUCCGAGGGAACCAUCACAGUCUACGCUACCAAAAGGGUGGAGGAGGAAAAAUCGCUUGGUAGGUGGUCUGACCACGACGAAGAGGGCGGGGCUGAAGAGUCGGACAGCGUCGAUGACUCCGACAGCACUUCGCUGGAGGUGACAACAACGCACUUUACGUUAGGGAGAGUCACACCGCCAGCCGGCCCCAGUAGCCGCCGAGCCAACAAUAACAAUAUCCAAUCACCCAUCCAGAAUAAGAUGUCGAUCAUUCGAAGCAGUGGCUCGGUCGCACAAACAGCUGUUCGACCGCAAAGUUAUUAUCUCGUCGCUAUCAUUUCCUUCUUUUCAUUAAUUCGUUACGCUCCUCUAACAUUGUUUUAAUCAUCGUUUUGGAAAUCUAAAAAACUAAUAAUGAAUGUAAUUAAUAUUGAAUAACAAAAUGACUCAUCUUGUUUUAGGCAUCAUUCGUGGUCAUCUUGGAAACAAAAAAUGACUUCAGGUUGAUUGCUUUUGUUUUUCUAGUCAGAUCAUGUAAGGCUAGUUUUCCUACCUGUUCAAAAGAGAUUCUCUCUUUUGAGAAUAUCUACUCCCAUGUCCAUGAUGCUACACGAUCAACUGAAUAAUUCAAUAACUUAAAUUGAAAAAAAGAGAAAAAUUUACAAAAAUGUUUUUUUUUUCCAUUGCACAGUAUACAUAUACAGCCUAUAUUAUCAAUUCAUCUGUUCUAUACACACAUCCGUGUGUAUGUACUUUAUUGCCCAUCCCACUAUGUGUUGUCGUUUUCCCCAAUCUUUUGAUAAACCCAAUAAUCUUGUUAUUUCAUCUCCAUACUUUUUAAACUACGGUAUAUCCAUUUCUUUCAGAUCGAUAGACGUUUGCUUGCUCCUCUUCAUGACUAUGAGUAUGCCCCUUUCCUGUGUAUAUAUAAUAUUGAAAAAGA